CACUUUACAGUAUCAAACUUCCGAGUCGUGUGAAAAGUUCACUCUCGCAACAGCUAUCGUUCAAAUUACAGUCUCAUUUCUACAAGCAGCAGCAAAUAUGCCUCCUAAAUUUGGUGGUGGUGGCGAGAAGUGUGUUAUCUGCGAGAAGUCGGUGUACGCUAACGAGAGGAUUGAAGCCGGCGGCGUCGCAUUCCACAAGUUCUGCUUUAAAUGCAGUGAAUGCAAAAUGCAGUUGAAUUUGAACAACUAUGCACAGGACGCUAAGACGUUGUACUGUAAGAACCACUUCGCCUCCUGUGUGACGGCAAAGAACACGCAGGCGCCGGUGUUUUAGUGGUCCAACAGGCGAACACAAGAAGCAGGAAGAAAUCACUUUCAACUAUACAUACCGUCCAUAUUUUCUUUCCUGUCAACCUUUGCUAGAGACGCUUUACAUACUUUUUCUCUGAUUAAUGUGUGAGGUAUUUAGUUAGUAAUUUCGGGAAACAGUUUUGAAUGUAUAUGACAGUGCAGUGAAUGUAUUAGGAAGAUGGAGACGUAGUUUUGUAGCCGUUUAUUUUGCUUUGUAAAUAUCAUUGUUCCUUUCCAAAUGUAUUAUUUCACUUGUUAUUUCUACCAGCCCAUGCAAGAUUUAAAGAGUUAAUGCAAUGUUCAUUUGAAUUGUCAUCGUAAGCUAACUUUUAUUACGAUGUCAAGUGAUUACAAAUCUUCUGAUGUCCUGAUUGAAGUUUUUCGAUACUUAAAUUGUCUAACUUCAGUAUCGUUGUUAUGAACAAACCUACCACCAAUGUACAUGAAAAUCUGUCUAACAUUCAAACCCCCGCUGAGGUUAUAUGAGACACUGAUCAAAGUGUUGAAUAAUCUACCCGUUCUCACCGAAAAUAUAUUCAAACCUUUACCUUUGACAUUUCGCGACUUGUAUUAAUCUGAAAUAAUCCAAAUGUGUUCAUCACGAGAUAUCGUGAUCCAGUGGUAUAUCGAGGGAGAUGACUCUAAUAAUAACGACUGGAAAGAUAAUUAUGUAGUGAACUGUAUUUUAUUUUGUUUAAAGUGUAUCAAUUCUUAUUUAUAUCAAGUUAUGUUUAAAUAAACAGUUUCAUAAAUA